UCCUGUGGCACGGGAGCACUCGAUGGGUGCGGCCGGAUGAUGUGCAGCUUGUGCGAAAGCCGGAACACUUCGAAGUGUUCUGGCAACUGCGGUAGCUCGAUGUGUACUGACUGCUGGGACAACGAAAUGGACGACUCCAGAAUGUGUUGCGUACCUGGGUGCACGGAACGCUACUGCGGUCCGUGCCAUGAUGGCUUCGCGCGAAUCGCAACUUGUGACGGGUAUGAAUGUGGCAGGGACUGCUGU